CGAUGAUAAGAUCAAUCACGGGCAGCUUCCGAAGUGCGAUGCCACUGUGUGAACAGCUCCCCCCACGUCCACAUUUCGCCCACUUAAAAAUGGCCUCUUGACUUGAUUUCGUUCGCACUUCCCCCGACGGAGAAUCACUCCCCGCCACCGCCGCCGCCGCCGGACCCGACGAGCCUCUCCCCUCCUCCGACCGCCGCCAUGUCCGUCGCCCACCUUCCUCCCCUGUCCCUCCUCUGCUUCCUCUCCCUCUUGUCCCUCGCCAGAUCCGACCAGCUCCAGACCCUCCUCGACCUGUCAGGCGCGCUCCAAUCCCCGAGCCCGGACGUGUUCUCCUCGUGGAAGCCGGCCACGCCCGCCUGCAGCUUCACCGGCGUCGCCUGCGAUGGCGGCGGCUCCGUCGUCGCCAUCGACCUAUCCGGCCUGCAGCUGACCGGCGUCCUCCCUCUGGACUCCCUCUGCACGUUGCCGUCGCUGGAGAGACUUGCGUUCGGCCGUAAUUCGCUUCGUGGACCGAUCUCCAAGGGCCUGAACAACUGCGUGAAGUUGCAGUACUUGGACCUCGGCAACAACUUCUUCGCUGGCACGUUCCCGGAGAUAUCUGCCCUCUCUGAACUGCAAUAUCUUUACGUGAACGGAAGCAAUCUGAACGGGGCGUUACCAUGGAGCUCACUCAAGAACAUGACCAAUUUGCUCUAUUUGAGCGUCGGUGACAACCCUUUCGACAGUACUCCGUUUCCUGGAGAAAUUCUUGAUCUUUACGAGUUGAAGUGGCUCUACAUGGCGAAUUGCAGCAUCGAGGGUGAAAUCCCGCCCGGCAUAGGGAGGCUCAACAAGCUCUUCAAUUUGGAGCUCUCGGACAACAUCAUCACUGGCGAAAUUCCGGCGGAGAUUGGGAACUUGACCGACCUGCGGCAGCUCGUGUUGUACAACAACAGAUUGACUGGGAAGCUUCCGGUCGGGCUGAGGAACUUGACGAAGCUCGAGAAUUUCGACGCUUCCAUGAAUUUUCUGGAAGGCGAUUUGUCCGAAUUGAGGUUCUUGAGGAACUUGGUGACUCUGCAGCUGUUCGUGAAUGAUUUUUCAGGCCAAGUCCCAGUUGAGUUUGGCGAGUUUGAGCGGCUUGUGAACUUGUCGCUCUAUACGAAUAGAUUGAGUGGCCCCCUGCCCGAAAAGCUAGGCUCGUGGGCGGAGUUCGAUUUCAUCGAUGUGUCGGAGAAUUUCUUGACGGGGCCGAUUCCGCCGGAUAUGUGCAAGCGGGGGACCAUGAAGGAGCUCCUCGUCCUCCAGAACAGGCUGAGCGGGGAAAUCCCCGCGACUUAUGCGAAUUGCCCGACACUGACUCGGUUCCGAGUUAGCAACAACUCGCUCUCCGGGGCCGUGCCAGGUGGCAUCUGGGGCUUGCCAUAUUUGAACAUUAUUGACAUCGCCAUGAAUCAGCUCGAGGGUCCUAUCACGUCCGACAUUGAAAAUGCAAAGUCUCUGGGGCAGUUGUUCGUUUCCAAAAACCGCCUAUCGGGAGAAUUGCCGGAGGAAAUCUCGAAGGCUGAAUCUUUGGACGCAAUCGAUUUGAGCUACAAUCAGUUCUCGGGGAAAAUUCCGUCGAAAAUCGGUGACCUGAAAAAGCUGAGCAGCCUUCACAUGGAGAACAAUAUGUUCUCUGGCUCCAUACCGGAUUCGUUAGGCUCAUGUGACAAGCUCAGCGACCUUGACAUGGCUCACAAUUCGCUUUCUGGCAAAAUCCCGCCAUCUCUCGGGUCUUUACAAGUACUCAACUCCCUCAAUCUGUCGGAAAACCAUCUCUCAGGUCAAAUUCCAUCGAGUCUAUCCUCCUUGAAAUUGAGCCUUCUCGAUCUGUCGAACAACCAGUUAACCGGUCAGAUUCCGCAGUCUCUGUCAAUCGAAGCUUACAACGGCAGCUUCUCCGGCAACCCUGGCCUCUGCAGCUCCGAUAUCACCUCCUUCCAGCGAUGCUCGAAGGAAACCGGCAUAUCCAAGGGUAUCCAAACCCUCAUAACCUGCCUCGUUGUAGUCGUGGUUCUACUAUCACUGUUCCUUGCUUGCUAUGUCCGGUUGUACAGUAGGGAAAAGGAUCAAGAACGGUCGCUAAAGGAAGAAUCUUGGAAUGUGAAGUCAUUCCAAGUGCUGACCUUUACUGAGGAUGAGAUACUUGAUGCCAUCAAGGAAGAGAAUCUCAUAGGAAAAGGCGCUUCUGGGAACGUCUACAGAGUUUUGCUCGCCAACGGCAGAGAACUCGCUGUCAAGCACAUAUGGAAUACAGACUCCGGCAGCGGAGGAGGGCGGAGGAAGAGCCGGACCACGAGCCCGAUGCUCGGGAAGCGGAGCGAGAAGUCGCGGGAAUUUGACGCGGAGGUGGAGACCCUGAGCUCAAUCAGGCACGUAAAUGUGGUGAAACUGUACUGUAGUAUCACGAGCGAGGACUCGAGCUUGCUGGUCUAUGAGUACAUGCCGAACGGGAGCUUGUGGGACCGGCUUCACACUUGCCAGAAGACAGAGCUCGACUGGGAGACAAGGUAUGAGAUAGCCCUGGGAGCGGCCAGAGGAUUGGAGUACCUGCAUCACGGUUGCGAGAGGCCGGUGAUUCACAGGGAUGUGAAGUCCAGUAACAUUUUGCUGGAUGAAUUCUUGAAGCCUAGGAUUGCUGAUUUUGGGCUUGCCAAGAUUGUUCAGGCCAGUAGUAGCAAGGAUUCAACCCAUGUUAUUGCCGGAACACAUGGUUACAUUGCUCCUGAAUAUGGUUACACAUACAAGGUGAAUGAGAAGAGCGACGUCUACAGCUUCGGGGUGGUGCUAAUGGAGCUAGUGACAGGAAAGAGGCCGAUAGAACCGGAGUAUGGAGAGAACAAGGACAUAGUGAACUGGGUCUCGAGCAAGUUGAAGACGAGACAAGACGUGUUCGGCAUCGUGGACUUGAGAAUCCCCGAGCCCUACAAGGAAGAGGCCAUCAACGUGUUGAGGAUCGCCAUCCUCUGCACGACGAACCUCCCAAACCUGAGGCCCACGAUGAGGAGAGUGGUUCAGAUGCUGGAGGAUGCAGAGCCGUGCAAGUUGGUCCACGUCGUCGUCGACAAAGACGGCAAUGGGAAGGCGCAGGUCACCGACAGCAGGAAGAUCAAGCCAGAGCCAUGAGAGCCUCGGGUCAAUUCUCAUAGGAACAUAAUUGGAAAACCUUUGGGAAUUUUAAACCCAGAUUCAGUAGAAGUUGCAGUUGCAGUAUAAGUUCUGAGAUCACUUGUAACAUAACAUAGUUCCAAGAGCAAGAGCUAGAGCUUCCCAAUAAGUCUCUCCCCUGUGAGUGAGAGCUUGGAGUUCAUAUGCAAGUAGGUUUUGAGUUAGUGCAUGUUGAGAAAGGAAGCCACCGGGCUCUCCCUCUUCCUUCUGUACAAUAUAUUAUUUCUGUAAGUCGUAUGAAGGUAGUUGUUUUGGCAGUACAAUGAUCAGAAAUGCUAGAUGAAGAGUACAAUGAAACAUUUUUUUGGUA